CAGCAGCAGAUGCAGCAGCGGCAGAUGCAGCAAAUGCAGCAGCAUCCACAGAUGCAGCAACAGCAGCCCCACAUGCAGCAAAAUCAGGCCAACUUUGGCGGUGCCAAGGGAGGAGCUGGCUGCAAAGGAGGUAUGCCUGGCAAGGGAGGGCAAGGGCCGGCACGGCCCCCGGCGCCCCCGCCACCGCCGGGAGCCCCUGGGGUGCCGCAGCCACGUCCGACUGGGCCGGGGCUGACGGUGACGGGGUGCAACAACGACACCGUUCGAAAUCUCAUCAACGGCUCCUACUCCGUAACAGGGGAGAACCAUGGCAAGCCCAUGUGGAAGAAGGACCACUCUGGGCCUGGUGUCACCGUUCUGAUCUACUACUGGGACGAGCGGGACGGGCCGAACUUCAACGGCUGGUGGAUCGGCCCCAAGGUUGGUGGUGAUCAGGUGUGGUCACAGAAUGAAAACAGAUCGGCGCCGUCGCCUCCGACACUAGGGUGGAAGGUGCCUUGGGAUGGCCCUGUGGAUGCCACACUGAAGGUUGCCCACGCCGGCGGUGCGGCGCCAGUGGGGGGCAAAGGCUUCCCAGCCCACGGCAAGGGGGCCCCGGCUUUACCAGCCCCUGGCCCUGUGAACGCCCCUCCCAAAGCCAUUUCGGCGCCGCCGCCUGUUACAGCUCCUGGCGCCAUGGGCGCUAUGGCGGGUUUCAAAGGCGGCAAGGCUCCUGGCAAAGGCACCAAGGGCAAGGGCCCACCGGCUGGCAAAGGCCCUGCCAUGGACCCGGAGGAAAUGAAAAGGAGACAGAUAGAGCGAGAGCAAGAGCAGAAGAAGCGGCAGGAGGAGAUAAAGCGAAAAAGGGAAGAUGAUGAGGUGAGAAGAAAGGAGCAUAACGCUGUGCUGGCCGUCCGCAAAGCGAUCCAAAAGGUGCGCACAGCCGUUCCCGACACCUACGAUGCGCUGCGCCUGCAGCUCGAAGAAGCCCUGGCGGCCCAAUUGGAGUCCCUGGGGAGCCAAGCCCCAAAGGUCGGGCAAGAGGCUGAGCAAGCGCUGCAUCAGACGCAACAGCGCCUUGAUGAGAUGCACGAUAGGAGACUGCAGGAGGACAACUACCGGGAGCUUGAGGACCGGCGCCGCAAAGAUGAAGUGCAGCAGGCCAUGCUCCUGGAAGCGGAAGCCAAGGCCGCAGCAGAGGAGCAGCAGGGAAAGCUCCAGGAGGCGGAGGAGGUGGCAAAGCAGCUAGAGAACGGGAACCAGGAUCCAGCGAAGACGCUGAUUGCCGUUGAGGCUGCGGUGAAGUCCAUUGCAGCUGCUCGAGAUGAGGCGCAAAACGUCCGUCAAGCCAUCCUCGACAAGCAGCGAGGCUUGAGUGAAAACGAAGCAACGCGAAAAGUCAAACGAGAGGUCAUUGACACGGCGGCCCGGCUUGGGCGGAGUGUGGGCGCAUUCGAGAGACUGCUCGCCUCUGUCAGCAGCCGCCGGCACAAGGAAGAGGGAAAAGCGGUGGCAUUAAGGAAGCUAAACGAAAAGAAAUCCGAGUUUGUCAAGUUCGACCUUGACGGCGACCAGCAACUCAACCGAUCCGAAGUCGAGGCGUACGCCAAGGCGACAUUGGCGUACGAGCUGCCGGCUGAUGUUUUGGAUGCCAUAGUGAAGAAGCUGGACCCCGUCACCUUGACGAAGUUCCGGCCGCUGCAUCAGAAGUUGUAUAUCGCCAAAUCGGAGAUCCUUGCGCGAAAGGCGCGCUCCGAGGAGGAAAAGCGGCAAGCAGCGCUCGCAGAGAUGCGCGCGGCGGCCACCAGCGUCCUCGAGAAGGCGGAGGAUGUGCAAAAGAUUGCAGAAUCUGCUGCCAUCGACGCCGAGGAGAAGAUGCGGUUCCUUUUUGCGGAAAGGCCUGAGGCAUCCGAGAAGAUCGAGGGCACUCUGGCCGAGGUCGAUGCCUUGGUUCAGAAGAUCGACGAGGCGUUGGCAGAUAGCCAAAGCCACCUCGAUGACGCUCAGCGCCAGUGUGACGCUAGCGAGGAUCUCAAGAUGAUGGGCUUCGAGAAGACGGUGCAGCGCCUCAGGGCCCGAGAGGCCCGGGUCCUGGCCCGACGAGACCGCUUGCAGGGCAACGCGCAAUCCUUCCGGGACAAGGCCGUUGAGGAAAUGGGGCGAGGCGAAGCGGACGAAGAGCAAGGCUGCCGCUUGUCGAAGCUGUUGGGAACUCCAUUUCGCAGCUGCUUCCUCUCAACUACGCGCUGGGAAUUCGUGGUCCGUUCUCUGACCUCCCACGGCAGAUCUAGGAAAUCUCGACACAAACUCCGAGCCAUGUACAUCAAGCAGGUUAUCAUCCGUGGCUUCAAGACCUAUAAGGAGCAAACGACGCUGGACGAGGACUUCUCCUCUGGAACAAACGUAGUCGUCGGCUUCAACGGUUCUGGGAAGUCCAACUUUUUCCAGGCGAUUCUCUUCGUACUCUCUGACCAGUUCAGUUCUCUGCGCGCAGAGACUCGGAAGGCACUUCUGCACGAGGGUGCCGGGCAGGCGGUUCUGACGGCUUACGUCGAGGUUGUGUUAGACAACUCCGACCGCCGUAUUCCUUUGGAAACCGACUCGGUGUCCAUCCGGCGCCUCAUCGGCGUGAAGAAAGACGACUGGCUUCUGGAUGGGAAGCAUGCCACCAAGGCAGAGAUCUUCGGACUCCUUGAGGGCGCAGGCUUUGCGAAGACGAGCCCGUACUACAUCGUGCAGCAAGGGAAGGUCAGCGAGCUUACGAUGAUGACGGAUGCACAACGGCUGGGUCUUCUCAAGAGUAUAUCCGGGGCCGGCAUUUGGGACGAGAGGCGCGCAGAAUCCGUUAAGAUUAUGGAGGACACCUCCACCCGGAAGAUGCGUAAUGAGGGCUUGAUCGCGGACAUUGAGCAGAAGCUGAAAACCCUGGAGGAAGAGCAGCGUGAGCUCCGUGAGUGCGAAAGGUUGGAGGCUCGCCGCAGGACGCUAGAGUAUGCCUUGGCUGACCGGGAGUGGCGCUCUGCCCAGCAGCGCAUCGAUGUCCUGGAGGACAAGCGCGCGGAGGCAUCUCAGGAGCUACGCCAGCAGCAGGGGAAGGUCGCCGAUGUGCGGCAGCGUGCUGCGCAGGCGGAGGCGGAGGCCGAGAAACUCGAGGAGCAGAAGAGGCCGGCUUGGCUGCGGAGGAGGAGUGAAACGGGAAGGGGAUUCAGUCGCUCUGACUCUGACGCCAUGUUGCGACAGUUUUCGUGUUGGAUGCCUGUGACCUUGGUUCGGGUACUCUACACAAAUGAUGGCAUGACAUUGGUCAUGUGUCGUCAGAUAGUUAUGGUCAUCGCCGUGAUUGGAAUUGGAUGUGGUGGGGAGGAGAAGGAAGUGGAGCAGGAGGAGGAGGAGAGCCGACAGCGCAAGGAGGGCGAGGCACGAAACGAUCAGAAGCUGGCGGACUUGGCCGCCGCGCGCCGGGAGGUCGCGGAGGCCGCCGAGGUCAUUCAGAAGGAGCAGCCGGAGGUCCAAGCGGCCGAGGCUGCCUUCAGGGCGCUUGAGCAACAGCGCCAGGUGGCAGCAGCUGAGCGCGAGCAGCUGCUGGCAAAGCAAGGCCGCCGGCAGCAGUUCAGCAGUGUGGAAGAAAGGAAUCGGGCGCUGGAUCAAGAGCUCAGCGCCCGGGGGCAAAAGCUGGAGGAGGCCCGUCGGAAGAUCGAUGUUUGCAACGAGCGCGAGCGCAGAAGGGAAGAAGCGCAGAAGACAUCCGCAGAAAUGGCGGCGACAGGUCGAGCCGACCUGGCCAUCAAGGAGAAGCAGCUCGGGGAGUUGGGGAAGGAGGCCCGGAACCUCGGGAGCAGAUUGGACAAGCACGCCGAGGACCUGCGCUUGCUCCACCAGGAUCGCAACAAGGCCCUGCGAGACUUGGAGAGGCUUCGCAGCGAGGUCACCUCCUGCCAGAAUCGGCUCGACGGCACCAUGCCCAGGGCAAACCGUCAUGCUGUCUCAGCCGUGCUGAGCUGGGCCGCGGAGCAGGGCUUGCAGGACCGCAUUCGGGGCACACUCCUCUCCCACAUCGAGGUGGCCCCGACCUUCCGCGCAGCAGUGGAGAACUUUGCCGGCACAGCCUUGUUCAAUGUUCUUGCCAUGGAUGACGACGCGGCAGCUCAGGCCGUGAAGCACGUCCGGGUACGGCGCUUGGGCGCCGUCGUAGUGACACCGCUGAGCCAGCUGCCUCUACGGGCCCACACUUUCCCGACCUUAGAAGGCGUGAAGCCUCUGGUGGAUGUUGUGAGAUGUCCAGACUGGGUCCGGCCUGCUGUGCAGCAGAUCUUUGGCAAGGCGGUCGUUUGCUCCAGCAUGGAGCUGUGUGAGGAAGUCGCCCGGCACCACGGCAUCGAUGCGAUCUCGCUGGAUGGGGACCGGGUGAGUCGCAAAGGCGUCAUCACUGGUGGCUUCCAGGAUCCUCAGCGCUUCGUCCGCUUGUCCCUUGCUGAAGCCAUCCGGGUGGCGGAGCAGAAGCUCGAAAAAGCAGAGCAGAAGCUUCCGGACUUCGAUGCCCAGAUUGAGACCGUGAGCGACGGGGUCAACGCCCUGCAUGUGGAGCGACAGAGCAAACAGGAGCAGCGCGACAGGCUGCGGGCGGAGCUGCAGCGCUUGGCCGAGGAGGUGAAGGGCUCCGAGGAGGCGCUCUCCCGCUCCAACCGAGAGUUGACGGAGCUCCGGGAGUGGCGCCACCGCAUGGAGGUCUUGAUCCGCGAGUGCGAGGCCUCCAUCGCCGGCAAGCGCGCGGAGCGCGCCUCGAGGUCCUUGAACGGCCUCACCGCCGCGGAAGAGCGGCGCCUGCAGGCUCUGACGGAGCAACUCCAGGAGCUGCAGGGCCAGGAAGCGCAGGCACAGGAGGCGCUGAAGGUGCUGCAGACAAGCCUUGAAGAGAAGCAGGCGCAGCUGGAAGGUUCUUUGAGGCCCCGGCUGCAUUUGUUGGAACUGGAGGUGGCCAGCACGGCCCCGGAGGAGACGGCCGAGCGAGCAGAGGAGGCGGUGAAGUUCCAAGGGCGCAUUCAGAAAGAGCACGGAGAGGCUUUGAGCCGUUUGCAGAAGGAGGCCGAGGAGAUGCAGCGCUUGCAGGAGCGGCUUUUGGAGAGCCGAAAGCUUUUGGAGCAGCUGGUGACCGAAGAGCAGCGGGCCACGGACCAGGCUGCCCAGGCCUCGGUGCGCCUGGACCAGAUCACGGCGGAGCAGAGCGCCAUGAGCAGCAAGAAGGCGGAAGUCGAUGGAAAGCUCCAGGGCUUGGCGGCCGCACCCAUCGAGGUCGAGCAGUGCCGGCAGCUUCCCAAGGCCCAGCUUCUCCAGGAGCUCUCGGAGGCCACCCGCAUGUUGCAACAGAUCCAGCACGUGAACCGCAAGGCCGUGGAGCAGUACGAGAACUUCUCGGAGCAGCUCCUGGAUCUGCAGGGUCGUAAGGAGCAGAUCGAAGCCGGGGAGGCCGCGAUUGCGGAAGCGAUCCAGCAGAUCGAUGCACAGAAGGAGGAGUCAGUGCACCAGGCUUUGCGCAAGGUGAACCAAAACUUUCAGCAAGUCUUCAGUGAGAUGGUUCCGGGAGGUGUCGGCCAGCUGCAUGUAACGCGACAGGCUCAGGGCGAGACUCAGGAGAGUCAGGAAGGUUUGGGAGACAUUUCCGGCGUUCGCAUCGAGGUGUCAUUCACUGGCCAAGCACAAUCCUUCCUGUCCAUGAACCAGCUGUCCGGGGGCCAGAAGACCGUGGUCGCCUUGAGCUUGGUGUUCGCGAUCCAAAGGCUGGAGCCAGCUCCCUUCUAUUUGUUGGAUGAGGUCGAUGCAGCUCUAGAUGCCUCCUACCGCACGGCGCUCUCGAACCUCAUCGCGCGCACGGCCAAGAAAUCUCAAGUGAUCAUGACCACCUUCCGGCCGGAGUCACUGGAGAAGGCCGACAGAUGCUACCGUGUUUACCAGCGGAACCGAGCGAGCCGAAUUGACGCAGUGAGCCGCGAAGUGGCCGCCGACCUGCUUCGUGAGCAGGACCGCUUGGCCCACUUGACUCAAGCCGAAGCCGGCGAGGCUCAGGGAGCUCUCGCAGCCUGA